AUGUUUGUCAGAGAACAGGUAAAUGUGAAGGCAGUUUUUGGUCUGAGACUUAUGAAAGAGCAUUAUGGUGGAAUGAAUAGCAAGUGCCCUGACUGGUCCAGGCAUAUCGAGAAGCCUCCGAGCCUGAAGAAGAAGGAACAAGCAAGAGAAGACAAGCAGGCUACCUACAGCCUGGCGAAUGAGCAAUUCCAUGCCCUGGAAGACAUAGAGCGGGAAGUAGGUGCCAUACUUCAAAAUGCAGGUAACGUGAUCCUCGAACUGUCCAAGGAAAAAACGAAUGAACGACUUCUGCACCGGCAGACGGCAGCCUUCACAGCUUCAGUGCAACACGUGGAGGCCGAGUUGUCUGCUCAGAUCCGCUACCGUACCCAGGUGGCCACCGGGCAACCCCACGAGGGCUCUAGCUAUUCUUCCAGGAAGGAUUGUCAGAUGGCCCUGAAGCAAGUGGACUACGCCCGCCUCAAACUCAGUGAUGUGGCCCGCACCUGUGAGCAGAUGCUGGAAAACUAG